AUGGGAAGUUGGGAGAAUGGGUGUUGGAAGUGGAGGUUUGAUUGGCAAAGGCCUUUGCUGGAUCGGGAGAGGUUAAAAACAGAGGAAUUGCUGCAACUCAUAGGAAGUUUCUCUCCAAAGGUGGGGGUGUGUGAUUCUUGGUGCUGGGUAAAAGAUGCUACGGGUAUUUAUAGUGUUAAAUCUGCCUAUGGAGCACUAAUAGGUAUCUCUGGGUUGGAGGAAAGGCGAGUAUUUAAACGAAUUUGGAGGACUAAAGCUCCUUCAAGUCAGCUUGUGUUAUCCUGGAAGGUUAUAAUUAAUAGAGUUCAAACUAGAACUGAUUUAGCAAGAAGACAUGCACUACCUGCAAAUGCAUCUCUUGCCUGUGGCUUGUGUGAUUCUGAUGAAGAGUGCAGUCAACAUUUGUUUUUUAAUUGUCAAGUGGCUUGGAGGGUGUGGAUGAAGUUGUAUAGUUGGUUGGGGAUUCAAACAGCUAUGUCGAAUGGUGCUAAGAUGCAUUUUUAUUCUCAUGAAAAUCUUUUAUUGGCAAGCAAGAAAUCAUGGCUGGUGAUGAAUAUGAUAUGGAUUGCAUGUGUUAACUCACUAUGGCAGUGCAGGAAUGAAGCUAUAUUCAGGGGAGAUUCUGUUGAUAUUGAUAGAGUAGUGGAUUUAGUGCAGCAUAAGGUCUAG